AUGGAUGUAUCACCGACUCGAUUUUCUCUUUACUACUUCGACGCCUACCACGACUUCACCUUACCCCGCCACUAUACAAACGACCAAAAAGCCAUCCUUCUGCGCUUCACUCCCUGCCGCAAUAACAACACAUACAACCUCACCAUGCUAUCGCAAAUACGCACCCGCCUCCAAUCAUGGUGGCAACAAACACCUUUACCAGCAGCUGCCGCAACACCUAGCUUCCAGAAAUGGCACGGCUUUGCCCAAGACCAGUGGAUGCCCUUCACCAGCGACAAGACUUCUACACCCGGCAAACACCAAUGGGUGGGUUCGAUCCGCCUUGUGAGUUGGAAUGUGAACGCAGAUGCACCGCUACCAAAGUCUCGCAUGUCCGCACUACUGCGCGCCAUCGAGACUACAGGCGCUGCAGACGCUGUUUUCCUGCAAGAGGUAUCAAGAGAAGGUCUUACAGCCCUGCUUGAAGAUUCCUGGUUACAGCAAAACUGGUACAUAAGCGAUGUCGAUGCGUCCGCGUACGGAACCCAAAAGUUCAUCAGCAUCACGCUGGUGUCCAAGUUUUGGGUAGCCACCGAUAGUAUCCAGCUAGGCGCCGUCUGGAGGGUCGCAUUACCGAGUCGUUUUGGACGAGACGCGCUAUGCUGCGAUCUGAUCUUCAACUCUUCAAGCAAGCACACUUCCGGUCGAGUGUCCACUCGCAUUCGACUCAUUAACGUCCACCUGGAUUCGUUGCCAAUCAAUCCGUCGAUGAGGCCGCGUCAGGUCUCCAUUUGCGCGUCGUACCUCAGCGCUGCUGGCCGCGGGAUCGUCGCCGGCGACUUCAAUGGCAUUCUUCCAGAAGACGACGACCUUGUCAGUAACAACGGUCUUGCGGAUGCGUGGGCAGAGCUUCAUCCGAAUGAUUCAGGCCAUACUUGGGGCGUGUACGGUGAACAGUCUUUCCCGCCGAACCGGUUGGACAAAGUUGCUCUGCUCAACCUUAGGCCUUCAGCCAUGCGCAUCCUGCAAACGAGCGAAAUGGAAUCCUACGGCGCAGAGACGUCGGCCGACGUAGCAGAACAGGGGUCAAAUGCGCAUUUCAGCGAUCAUUUGGGUCUCUGGUGUAACAUUAGCUGGACAGAAGACCGACCGCGGCAGGAACGAUGA